AUGUCCACCAAGAAGAAGGUGAAGCUUGGCAGGGCUCCGCAGCUAGCCCUUGCAGUGGAUUUUUUGUCAGGACCCGAGAUUCAGGGUCUUGCACAAGAAGUGGUCGAGAAAUGCCGAAAGUACAUUCCACCUUCAAAGGUUGGCGAGGUGGAACAGUCACUCUUGGCCUUGGCCGAGCAUGAGGCGAUGCAGCGGCAAGGUCGGGGGCAGGAGCCUCCUCCACCACCACCGCCGCCGCCUCCUCCGAAGCAGCGACGGCAGGAACCACUCCUUCCUCAAGCGGACAUGCGUCAGAUUGAGGAUUAUGCCGACCAGCUUUAUGAGGACCGGAUGGAGCUGAAGGUUUAUGGUGCGAAGUGCAUCCUAAGAGUAUGCACUGAGCCCGUGAACCUGGAGCUGCUGGCAGAGCAUGAGAAUCUGCUUCAGGUGGGCUGUCUGCCACGAAUUGCAGCAGACUACGAUUCGGUGAGAAAGAUCGAACAUGCUCGAACGUUGACCAAUUUGCCUACUACUUUGCAAGGGCCCCUAGCACUGCUAUGGCCAUCUCCAAGCUUUAGUUCUGCAUUGCGCUUCCUGGCAGGUCGAUUUGGUUGUGGGAACUCCACCCCAGAGGGUCUCGGUGAUCCUGGUUUGACAUUGGGAAGAGCAGCACAGCUUCCUGGCUUCAAUGCAGCGGAAAUCGAUGCCCAGUGGGCAGAUGCUCGCCGGCGCCCCAGUGGAGGGACCCGCAGAGCUCUGCUGAGGUACCACACGGGUCCUCUGGUGCACAUUCCACUGAACCCUGGCGGCUUCUACGGAGUUAGCCUGACCAAAAUGCAGGUGGGUGGCACCAGCAUCAGUAGCUGGGGCAGCACAAUGAUCGACAGUGGCACCACGUACACCUACAUGAAAUCAUCCAACUACCGGAGUUUAGCCAAUGGCAUCGAGGCGGCUUGUGGAGGAGGGUCUUGCGGCGGCACCAAACAGGGCCGAAACUGCUGGAAGCUGGCGAAUGGACCUGGCAAGUUUCCAACGAUCAAAGUCUUCUUCAACUCUGUGGAGACUGAGUGGGUGCCACAGGCUUACUUCUACAGGAAGGGCAAAACAGACACCUACUGCUAUGGAUUUGAAGAUGACGGUCCACGUGCCAACACCGUCUUGGGCCCCGAGCACAAAGAUCGCCCAUCCCACAUCCAGGACUCGAACACUAUCUCACCGCAGACGACCACUGGCGCUGUUACCACUGCGGCAGAGCAAAUCGCGGUUCCCGAGACCCUGUCGAACCUGGUGAGGUUGGCUCAGCAUGAGAACCAGCGCAUUGCGCUGCUGUCUCUGCGGCUGUUGUUCAACCUCUCGUUUGAUGAGCGUGUGCGAGCUGCGCUGGUGGAGUCGGGAAUCAUCAAGCUUCUGGUAGAUUCGCUGAAGAAUCCACCCUUCCGGCACAUUGUGUUGCGGCUUCUGUACCACUUUUCUAUGGAUGACCGCUGCAAGUCGCUCAUGGCCUACCACAGGGAUGGCAUGGUGAUGCUCUUGCAGCUGGUGGUUCACUUCCCGGAGCCAAGAGUUGGCAAGGAUUUGGUUGCCCUCAUGGUGAACCUAGCAACUCACGCAAGAGCUGCAGAGGUCAUUUUGCAAAGCGGGCUUUUUCCUCCCAUCAUGCUCCGGGUCAUGAAGCAUCGGGAUCCUCUUCUAUGCAAGGUGAUUCGAAACGUGGCUUCUCAUUCCGGUGUCCUGGAGCAGAUGUGUGAACUCCUGGACAGCGAAGGAGUGCGUAUGGCGAAGUGGAUGAACGAAUUCGUACGCAUGGCCAUUUGCUCCGUGGACAAUCCGGAUUUUCUGGUGGAGGUCCUGGGAACCUUAGCCAAUGUGACGUUGGAAGAGGUGGCUUGGGGAGAGCUCUGCGAGGCAGGUCUCACAGAGCUCAUGACGCGGCUGCUGGUGCCCAGCUUCUCUGAGGACGAUGUUGUCUUGGAGUGCGUGUUGCUCAUCAGCAAUCUGGCUCUGAGUCGGGACUCUGUGCAGCAUGUCGCAGAGUCGCGGUUGCCUUCAAUGAUGCAGGAUUUGCUGAUCGAAAAGCGGGAGGACGAGGAGAUCGUUGUGCAGCUGCUCUUUGCUUUCCAGUGCCUGGUUUCUCACGAUGAGGUGCGUGACUUUGUUCUCCAAGAGACAGAGCUGGCGCCAUGCAUCAUGAGGUUUGCGCGGGCGCGGAAUCCUUUGGUGUUGGAGUAUGCCACGGCAUUGCUACAGAUCGUCGCGGUGGCCAGUGACAACCAAACGACAGAGGAGGGAGUUCCGGACUGGGUGGCCCAAAUCAAGGCCUUCCGGUUUGAGCAGCACAACCAAGAGUGGUGUAGAUGUGUGAAUAGAGAACUGAGUGGUGGCACUGGUAUGUCUCCUAGUGCAUACGGCGCCUACUAUGAUGACCAGGUAAGUCCUCGAGAAGAUGAGGAGGAGUUUGCUUUCCACUGGGCUGGAAUGGAUGCUGCCGAUCCCCGGGACCUGGCGAAGCGCGACUGGUCCAACCAGGGCUUCGGGAAGAGCAUGAGCAGAUGGACGUGA